AAUUUUUAUCAGGGGAUGGGGAUACCUGUUGGAAAACUGGCUCCGUAUACAGCACUUGGCGGAGUUAGACCUUCUUCGUGUUUGCCCGUAACCAUUGAUGUGGGGACAAACAAUGAGCAGUUGUUGAAAGAUGAAUUCUACAUUGGGCUCAGACAAAGGAGGGCAACUGGGAAGGAAUAUUAUGACCUUCUUCAUGAAUUCAUGACUGCUGUCAAGCAGAACUAUGGUGAAAAAGUACUCAUACAGUUUGAAGAUUUUGCAAACCACAAUGCUUUUGAGCUGCUAGCGAAAUAUAGUACUACUCAUCUUGUCUUCAAUGAUGAUAUACAGGGGACAGCAGCUGUGGUUCUUGCAGGGCUUGUUGCGGCACUGAAGUUACUUGGUGGAUCCUUGGCCGAGCAGACAUUUUUAUUCCUUGGUGCUGGGGAAGUGAGACUCUAAUCUGUCUUCCUUCUUUUACACUAUAAACCUAUUUUCCUCUAGGGGCCA